AUGGCACCAAGCUCACCUCGCCGAAUCCUCUUCGUGUCUCACCCGCGUUCCGCGUCGAAUUUGCUCGUGCGCAUGUUAGGCCUUGACGAACAGCCAAAAGUUGCACAACGCUGGCUGCAUGGCUACUUCUACAUUCAAAUGUGGUUUCUGGCCGACAAGCUGGGCCUUCGAACCAAAAAUGUCGAUGACUGGACCGAGCAUGAACGCUUUGAAAUGCGCAAAGGCUAUCAAGAAUGCUUCAACAAAGUCGAAGAGCACCUUGCGGACGCAGAAAAGGAGGACAAGAUCGUAGUCGACAAGGAGCAUUCAUAUUACCUCUUGGAACCAGCUUCCCAGUUCAAAUUCCAUUUCGGCGCAGAUAAGGUUUCCGAGCCUGAAUGGAUGCUGGAUAUCCCCGAGAAAUACGGCCCGAAUAAGACAAGGUCAGAAGGAAAUAUCACUUUGUUUUCGGAUGAAUACUUGGAUAGCUGGAAACCCGUUAUUUUAAUCAGGCACCCUGCAUUGAUGUUUCCGUCCUAUUACCGCGCUAUGACGGAUAUUUUAAAAAUGGAGUCAAGAGAAAUUGAUGAGGGGUUGAAAAAGGACCUGGAUCUCAUUCUUAGCCUUUACUGCUCACGCAACCUAUACGACUGGUACGCGAAACGUCUGGGGAAAAGCGAUCCAGAAUCCUGGCCCAUCCUCCUAGACGCCGAUGACGUUAUAGGCACCCCGGAAAUCGUCCUCAAACUUUCCGACAUCAUGGGCCUGGACCGAGAUAGCUUGCUAUUCACCUGGGGCGAGGCGACCGUCGAGACAAACGGUUCGCUUUCUGAUAGAGUAAAACGGAUGACAUCGACACUUUCUGCAUCCACUGGUGUCAUUCAGACCAAAAUUGCGGGAGACCUGGAUAUCGACGUUGAGGCUAGAAAGUGGAGGGAAGAGUUUGGUGAGGAAGUGGGUAUGCACAUGGAGCGCUGGGUUAGAGCUGCGAUGCCGGACUAUGAAUACUUGAGAGAACAGAGAUUGAGGCCUAGCUAG